AGCUGCUUCUGGGCUCAAGGAGGAGGAGAGGAAUCCACAAGCCGACACGAUGAGAUCCAAGGCGAGGGCGAGAAAACUGCCCAAAAGUGACAGCGAGAUUGUAAAUAAUAUGUACGAGACCGACCCUGAUCUCCUUGCUGGCGAAAGUGCAGAGGAGGAAACAGAGGACAGUAUUAUGUCCCCCAUUCCUGUCGGACCUCCAUCACCCUUUCCCACCAGUGAGGACUUCACUCCCAAGGAGGGCUCACCUUAUGAAGCUCCCGUCUACAUUCCUGAUGACAUUCCAAUCCCACCAGAUUUUGAACUCAGAGAAUCUUCGAUUCCAGGGGCAGGGCUAGGGAUUUGGGCCAAAAAGAAGAUUGAAGUUGGGGAAAGAUAUGGACCCUAUAUGACAGUACAAAGGAGCACAUUAAAGGAAACAAACUUUGGAUGGGAGCAAAUACUGACUGAUCCCGAGGUGACCUCCCAAGAGGGCAAUAUAAAAAAGAUUGCCGAUGACCUGGGAAAUGAGAAAUUCUGUAUUGAUGCUAGCCAGAGUGGAGCUGGGAACUGGCUGAAGUACAUCCGCGUGGCCUGUUCCUGUGAUGAACAGAAUCUAGCCGUGUGUCACGUUAACGACCAGAUCUAUUAUAAAGUUAUUAAAGAAAUUGAGCCAGGAGAAGAGCUCUUGGUGUAUUUGAAGGAAGGUGGUUAUUCACUUGGGAACAUGGCGCCCAGCAUGGAAGAAGAGCACACGUUUCGCUGCGAGGACUGUGAUGAACUUUUUCAGUCAAAGCUCGACCUGCGGCGACACAAGAAGUACGCCUGCAACGCUGUCAGCUCCCUGUACGAGACCCUGAACGACGAGAUCAAGCAAGAAGGUCUUGGAGAUGGACAGGUCUAUGAGUGCAAAGACUGUGAGAGGAUGUUCCCCAAUAAAUACAGCCUGGAGCAGCACAUGGUAAUCCACACCGAGGAGAGGGAGUACAAGUGCGACCAGUGUCCCAAGGCUUUCAACUGGAAAUCCAACCUGAUUCGUCACCAAAUGUCUCACGACAGUGGGAAACGGUUCGAAUGUGAAAACUGUGUUAAGGUGUUUACCGACCCCAGCAACCUCCAGCGGCAUAUCCGUUCCCAGCACGUUGGCGCGCGGGCCCAUGCCUGCCCGGACUGCGGCAAAACCUUUGCCACCUCGUCUGGCCUCAAACAGCACAAGCACAUUCACAGUACUGUCAAACCUUUCAUAUGUGAGGUCUGUCACAAAUCCUACACGCAGUUCUCCAACCUCUGCCGUCACAAGCGGAUGCACGCGGACUGUCGCACCCAGAUCAAAUGCAAGGACUGCGGCCAGAUGUUCAGCACUACCUCCUCUCUCAACAAACACCGGCGCUUCUGCGAGGGCAAGAACCAUUACAACCCUGGAGGGAUUUUUGCCCCCGGCCUGCCCCUAACGCCCACUUCCAUGAUGGACAAAUCCAAGCCCUCUCCCAACCUCAAUCACGCCAGCCUGGGAUUUAACGAUUAUUUUCCGUCCCGCCCGCACCCAGCGGGUCUUCCGUUCUCACCUGCCCCGCCAGCGUUUCCUGCCCUCACUCCGGGAUUCCCAGGGAUUUUCCCACCGUCUCUAUACCCCAGGCCCCCCUUGUUACCACCCACGCAACUGCUCAAAAGUCCCCUCAACCACACUCAAGACGCAAAGCUUCCAAGCCCCCUUGGGAACCCGGCGCUUCCUCUGAUCUCUGCAGUGAGCAACAGCAACCAGGCCACUUCAGGAGAGGAGAAAUGUGAAAGUAGCCUGGAAAGCUCCUACCUGGAGAAGCUAAAAGCCAGGAACAGCGACAUGUCCGAUGGCAGUGACUUUGAGGAUGUCAAUACAACCACCGGCACAGAUCUGGACACCACUACUGGCACCGGUUCUGACCUGGACAGUGAUGCAGAGAGUGACAGGGACAAAACGAAAGAUAAGAGCAAACAAAUGGAGAACAAGCCGGAUUUUGUCAGCAGCUCCGUGUCUGCAAGUUCCACCAACAACACGAGUGAGAUCCCUCUCUUCUAUUCUCAGCAUUCCUUCUUUCCUCCCCCCGAAGAGCACCUGCUACCUACCACGGGAGCAGCUAAUGACUCUAUUAAAGCUAUCGCCUCCAUCGCAGAGAAGUAUUUUGGGCCUGGCUUUAUGGGGAUGCAGGAGAAAAAGAUGGGUUCGCUCCCGUAUCAUUCCAUGUUCCCUUUUCAGUUCCUCCCCAAUUUCCCGCAUUCACUCUACCCUUUUACGGAGCGGACCCUCAAUCACAACUUGCUGGUCAAGGCAGAACCAAAGUCACCCAGGGACCUCCACAAAGUAGGCAGCACCAGCUCAGAGUCACCCUUUGAUCUCACCACAAAGCCAAAAGAGAUUAAGCCAAUCUUGCCGCCACCUAAGGUCCUGCCAGCCCCGUCCGCGGGGGAAGAACAGCCGCUGGAUCUGAGCAUCGGCAACCGCAUCCGAGCCAGUCAGAACGGAGGAAGAGAGCCACGGAAAAACCACAUUUAUGGGGAAAGGAAGCUAAUGGCAAGUGAAGUCUUACCCAAGAUUUCCCAGUCUCAACUGCCUCAGCAGCCAUCCCUGCAUUACGCUAAGCCAUCGCCCUUUUUCAUGGACCCCAUAUACAGGGUGGAGAAGCGGAAGGUGACAGACCCUGUGGGUGCCCUAAAGGAGAAGUACCUGCGACCUUCCCCGCUGCUUUUUCACCCCCAGAUGUCAGCCAUAGAAACAAUGACAGAGAAACUGGAGAGUUUUGCAGCCAUGAAGGCAGACACUGGCACUUCCCUGCAGCCCCUUCCACAUCACCCGUUCAACUUCCGAUCUCCACCGCCCACGCUAUCCGAUCCCAUCCUGCGCAAGGGCAAGGAGCGUUACACCUGCAGGUACUGUGGUAAGAUCUUCCCACGCUCAGCAAAUCUGACAAGGCAUCUGCGGACACACACUGGAGAACAGCCCUACAGGUGUAAAUACUGUGACAGGUCAUUCAGCAUUUCCUCCAACCUCCAGCGGCACGUUCGAAACAUCCAUAACAAGGAGAAGCCAUUCAAAUGUCACCUGUGUAACCGAUGCUUUGGGCAGCAGACCAACUUGGACCGACAUCUUAAGAAACACGAACACGAGAACGUUCCAGUGAGCCAGCACUCUGGAGUCAUUACAAACCACCUUGGGACCAGUGCCUCUUCCCCAAACUCGGAAUCAGACAACCAUGCACUUUUAGAUGAAAAAGAGGAUUCGUAUUUCUCUGAAAUCAGAAAUUUUAUUGCAAAUAGUGAGAUGAAUCAAGCAUCAACUUUAGCAGAUAAAAGGCCAGAAAUCCCAGAUAUUGAUGGCAAUUCCCAGUGUCAUGGAUUAGCAAAUGAGAAAACAGAAGAUGUGGAUGAUGAAGAUGAAGAACUGGAAGAGGAGGAUGACGACAGCCUGACAGGGAAGUCGCAGGAUGAAACGGUAUCGCCCACCGCAGAGCCCCGAGGAGCAUUUGAGGAUGAAGAAGAUGAAGAGCCCACAUCUCUCACCAUGAGCUUUGACCACACCCGAAGGUGUAUUGAGGAGGACGAAGCCGGCUUGUUAGAUUUGGAGCAGAUGCCGAAUUUUGGGAAGGGGCUGGAUCUUCGCAAAGCAGCCGAGGAAGCAUUUGAAGUUAAAGAUGUGUUUAAUUCCACCUUAGACUCUGAGACAAUAAAACAGACUCUGUACAGGCAGGCUAAAAACCAGGCUUAUGCAAUGAUGCUGUCCCUGUCUGAGAACGCUCCCCUCCACACGUCCUCCCAGAACUCUCUGGGUGCUUGGUUGGACAUGGCAGGAGCAGCUUCAGAGUCGGGGACCUUUAACCCCAUCAACCACCUCUGAGAGGUCAACAAGGCACUGGCCAGAGUCCAAGCGAGGAGGCGGUGGUGCUGCAAUUAUCCUAGCAAAAAUCCUAGCAAGCAGAAGAUGGAUGAGAGGGCCUCAGGGAGUCGUCUGGACUUUUGGCUGAGAAGGAAACCUGUCGCAUCCGACCUACAAGUCCUGCAUUUUUAUCUGUCCAGAGUUUUCAUUUCUAAUUUAUCAGAAUGAACCUCUCCAAAACUGGAUAACCCUGAUGCAGCCCUAGGAUUUCACAGUCUAUAGGAAUGGCAUGAGCAAGACACGAAUUGCAACAGUGCAAUCAAACAUUGGCCCCUCUAACAUUACAAAACAGUAUCACUGAGCCAGUAAAGCCUGUAAAGCGUAUAAAUGAAAGCUUGAAACCAGUCGGUAGCAUUUCCUUUCAAUUCAGCUGAAUAGUGAAGUAAUAAGGAAAGAGAGCCAGGUGUGACCUAUCCCUGGUGCAAUUCUGACAUAGUCACUGGAGUUAUACCAGGGAAGGGUAAAUUCGACCCAUUUAAUUGACCCCCAAAAGAAUUUGAAAUUCGGUGCUCCCACAGAAACGCCGUCCUCUCCUUUGUUCCCAACAAAACACACUGGCACGGUGCAGAGCUUCUCGAAUGCGAGGCCGCAUUGCCUGCAGUCACGAUUCACCAUAUGCAGUGUCCCGUUAGAGAAAGCUUCAGCCUGGAGCAUUGCUGAGGUUGGGGUCAUCGAGGUAUCGUGCAAGUACGUGGUUCACGGUCAUCGGCUGUGCCCCGAGCGCCCUUCUGUCUGUGCCGACGCAAGAUUAAGAGUGCUUUCCAUCUCUGCUAGUGCCUGUGAGCCCGAGCUGCUGCUUGGACUUGAAGCAUCCAGAGUGUUUCAGAAAAAGCCAUGCUCAGCAAGUCUGCUGGCGAGGGGAGCGGUGGCACUCUGCCCCGCGCUGGCCUGAGUCCCCGCCACUGAGCUGCUGAAAAAGCCUGGAUUUGCCCAGGCGGAGAGGUAAACCCUUACCUGGAGAGGGGUAGCUGUGUGUGAGAAAGCGUGUGUGGUAGGCGAGUCUUGCCUUAAGAAGGGCAAUCCAGACACAUCUUGCGAUUUAUCUCCCGGGGUUUUUUUAGGCUGACAUCCUUUCAGUGUUGAUGGUAUCUGGGAAUUGCAGCAGAAAUUUCUGACUCGUGCAGUUGUUUUGGCAUGCUGGAUGGUUGCUUAUGCAUCGCACGCUGCCAUUUGGCCUAUCUUUGAAGUAGAAAGAUUAAAAUUUCCUUGCCUCAGCAACCUCAGGGGUACAGCCCUCUAUUCAGGCACAUAGCUAAGAAUCGAAUUGUCUCUCUGACUCUAAAAUCUCGCAGAUAUUUUAGGAGUGAUUUUAAAUCGCUUCUGUCUCAUCUUCUUUACCGAUCCAAAGCAGCCUCCAGAAAUGCUGUGAUGCUUAUGCUAUCCUACAUUGCAAUUACAAUCUGCUGUUGGAGCAGUGGUUUUGCAGGUAAAGCUGCAUUACAGAAUAGUCAGGAAAGCACUUAGACCUUGCAAAGGAUAACAUUGGCUACAAAGAUAAAGUUUAGAAUGUGUGGCCUGAGAAUUUUCAGAUUACAGCAUCUAAAAAUUAGAAGUGCCACGGGACUACUGCUACCACUGAGUGGAACCGCGUGCCUCUGCAUCUCGCCCAUUGCAGUUCUGCGUCAGCAGCCUGCUAGGAGUCCGGAGGUGCUCUGGCAGGCUGGCUCUGUGAAGAUUGCAGCCAAAGCCAGUGAAGUUGAGAGGAACUUCUCCCAUUAAUUUCAGCAUAUUUUAGUGCUGGGUGUGCUUCUAGGAAGUAUUUUAUCGGGUAGUAACUGCUGGCAGAACUGGGUUAAUGGCCGAUUUCAGAGAAACAGCACGCAGUGCUUAGUAUAUCUGCCUGUAAAUACUUGACACACGUGGCCUCUCUGCCUGCUUGGCAUGGAAAAGAGCAGAUGGUGGCUUCUGUGCCAGUCCAGUGGGGAGAAAUGCAAAGGGGCAGCCUCAUUCCAGCAUGCUAAAACAAAGGAAACGGCUACUCAAAUAAAGCGGAGGUCGUGUUGGGAACGAUAGCUUUGCAAUUUGCUCUUUGCACCCAAGAGCACGCGUGCGGCUGGUUUUAUAUAGCCAGGACCCUCACGCUGGCCACAGAGGAAAGCAUCUAGGGUAGCUUUGGUGCAGAAGGAACAAAAGGUAGAUGACCAGCAUCAGCGUGUUUUCCAAGAAAAUUUACCCUUCCUUUUUGGUUUCCCACAACACCCUGUGAAAGUGCCCAAGGCUCUGAGACCAACAGUCAGUGUAACCCGAACUGCUUCAUCUAUUUGCACAAAGCUCUCGGGCAAAUAGAGCCCGAGAGCCGACAAUUGUCAAAAGCAACCAGGCUCUGCGAAGGAGAUGGGACCUUCCCGUCCCAGCACAUCUGCCUCUGCUGCUGCUGCUGCUGCUGCAGUACAGCCCUGCCCAGGCGCUUGGCCUUUAAAUUAUUCCCACAGGGGCCAACUGAAAAUAAUAAAAGAAUUGUUUCUUUUCCUGAUGGAAUUUAUUUUAAUCUGUAUAUAACUUGUAAUUUGUUGCUAAUUCUUUCCUUAUUUUAUUUCUUCCUUAACAGUAUUUUUUGCAUUAGGUAUCAUUAUUGUGAAGAAAUAAUGUUAAUAUAAGUAUGUAGUGAAGGACCAAAAUUGUGUAAUUAAGGUCGUAUGUCGUAUGAUUGAUAACCAGGGAGUAGGAAGAUUUUGUCCACGUGCCAAAUGACCCUGAUCAAUCCUGCUAGUCGCGCUGCCGAUUCUCCAGACAAUCAUAUGUUUUGUUACCUUUGCCUUGAAGCGACCCUCGCGUUAGACGAAGGUUUCUAUUUAUUUCCUCGGCCGGCUGGAAAGCAAACGCAGCCCCCGCCAGAAAGCGAGCGGCCCCUGCCCACGCGCCCUUCCACCGAGCGCGCCGAGCGAUGCCCCCGCGCCGGCGAGCGAUGCCACCGCGCCGCGUGUCCCGCCGGCAGCCCCUGCCGCCCGCCGGCACCGAGGUGCAGACCGGGGAGCUGGGGGACGCGGUGCCUCCCCAGAGCCGGGGGCCAGCGGGCGACUCUGCCGAGGGGACGCGGCACGGCAGAGCUGGAUCCGUGGCGGACUCGCUCUUCGCCGCAGCAGGGGCGCGCGCCCGUGCCCCGUCCCGGGAAGGCGUCCGGCUUGCGAGCCCUGACCUGCGGCGAGCUGCCAGCUUCGCUCCCGGCGCACGCAGAGAGACUCGUCCAGCGAGCGCUGGCGGGGCCGGGGGCCCAUCGCCACCAGCGCGGCCCGGAGAACCACUCGGCCCCCAUGGGACUGUCCGGCCCUGCAGGUUCCCAGACCCUGCUCCAGGAGAGCACGGAAGCCUUAAGCGUGGGGAUAGAUCGGUCCCGUCCCGUUCCAGCACGAAAGCCUGAGCUGGAGCUCUGUGGCUCCUGGCAGCUGCCUGGAGUAAGCCGGACGUCUGAGCAUCUUUCCGAUAGGGACCGCAGUGCUGUCUGCCUUGUUGGAACAAGAUCUGUGGGUAAUAGUCAGUGUUUGCGUGCUCUGACCCGAUGUUUUGUUCAUCGCUGAAGCAAUCUUUGAAGAGGUCAGCAUCACGCUCCUCGGCGUGAGGAGGUAACGGAGCAGCCGAGGGAGCAGCAGUGAGCUGGUCUCCAAAAUGUGGGCCAAGGACUGGGAAAUGCCAAUGUUACUGUGGGGGAUUUAUUUGGGGUGUAUUUGGUUUUCGGUAUCUCAGCCCUCCUGUCCGUUGUGUCUUUUCUUCAGCAGCACGGUUUGUCAGCAGCUCCUCGCUCCGCUCGAGCUUGCGCAGUCGCUGUCUCCCUCGCCGGGCUGUUCGUGCUCCCUGUGGCUCUCCUGGAGUAGGGCUCCUCCUGCGGCGUGCUGCUGGCCAGGGACGGGGAGGUACAAUCCAGCCAGGGAUUAAGGACAUUAAAAAUACAGGUUUUAAAAUCAUGAAAUGAUUUCUUUUCACGUUUCCUAAUUCGGUUUUCUUCCCAUUUUGUCUAGCUAGCGUCUCUGUUUGUUGUAGGAUCUCCCGACUCCUCUAAUUUAGCACUGAUUACAAGUUUUAAUUUUUCCACCGUUAAGAUAAAUAAACAGAAAGCCUCUACUGAAUCGCUAUUUAUCUUGUAGCUUUCAUUCAAUCGCACUUAAAACGUGUUGCAACUUGUAGCAGCUGUUUAGGUUUCAACUUGCUGUUUUAGCAAAAGCAGUCCCUUAUUUUGAAGGAUGUUUCCCGAGAGGUGCGUGUGUCGAGGAAGGUUCUGCCGUCCAAGCGCAGCUUGCUUCCCAGCGUGGGCGGUGGGGAAGGUCUGGGUCCCUUGGCUUCCACGAGACGUGGAGCGGUAGUGCCACUAACGCCUUGUGCUCAGGAACCGCGACACCGGCGCAAUAGAGCGAGGCGCGGGUUGGAAUACGGCCCGCUGCUUGGUUGAAGGUCAGGGUGCCGCGUGAGGUGCGAGUUAAACCAAGAGUAUCUGUGUAGGAUCUAUUUAUUAAAAGUGUGUUCGCAUCUUGUAGCCGUAUUGCCAUAACAGCGAGGAGGGGAGAACUGUGAAUUUUUUGUAUGACCAGGUAAGGUUGACAGCCGCUGGCCGUCCCCGGCUGCUCGGCGCCGCUGAAGUGAAGGUACUCCGAGAAGGGACCUUGCUUCUCCUGACUGCGACUUUGACCACGGAUAGAUCUUUCUGCCUGAGCUAGUGAGGGAGGAGAAAGUAGGUCUGACGGACGUGUUUUCCCGUUCUUUCUCCUGCUCGGGCGCUGGCGGUCGGUCCCGAUGCGAAUCCCCGUGGCCGAUGCAGAAGGCUGCCGGUGCCGCACGACCGCCGUGGUGCCGAGCGCGCGGCCGCGCCGCGUUCUCCCGCGGGUCGGAGGCGCCCGCUUCGCUCUUUGAUGCGCGCGGGCGUUCCUGCCAGGCAGCUGGCUGCUCCGGGGGCAUGCCCGCAAAAUGCGUCCCGUGCCGUCCGGAGCCUGCGCUCCACAGGUCGCGGCAGCAGAAGCGAGCGGGCGCGCAGGGCUGCCCAGGAGCAGCCGGGUGCCAGCAGCGAAGCCAAACCGAACGGGGUUUUAAGCGGCAAAACACACGAGGCGAGUUUGCUCAACCGCGUUCCGGGACAAAACGCAAAGCUUGGUUUCUGUCUUGCUUAAAGCAGCCUAGUGGAAGCUUUCGCUUUCUCCCUAAUCAGCACUUAGACUUUCCGUAGACGUUCUCGAAAACGGCUUCUUUUUCACUUCAUACGAAGCAUUUCGAAAAGCACUUGCACAAUGACAUGAACGUGUUUGACUCUAAGCAUCAAAGCACUGGAUUGUGAGCCCCCCUCCCCUCAGCCGACUUCAAUCUACUGACUUACAUUCGAUUUCUACGUGCUGUAUUUUGUGUGUGUGUGUGUGGCGGGGGAAGGGGGAAAGCGUCACGGUGCAGGAACCUGCCCGUUUCUGCCCGUCGGAAAACGGGCAGGGAGCGAUGCAGUCCGCUCGGCUCAGUGCUGGUAACAUAAGGGCAAAACCCUCUGCUCCUAGACGAUGGUCAGUAGUGUUCUCCCAAAGCCAUGAAACUCCUUCUCUGUAGUGUUGAGUGAUACUGUGAUUAAAAUGUUAUUGAAUGAUUCCAAGGUUCUUUUUCUCUUUCUUCUGUCAUUAAUUCUUGUCACCACUUUGGAAAAAGAAUGAAAAAGAAAAAAAAGGCAGCUUUGAUUUCCAAAUGUGCAAUUCACAUGUGAACAAAGUAAUUCUGAAAGUAAUUCUCAAUGUACUUUACAUUCUCGUUGCUCUCUUCAAAGCAAGAGAUGUUUUGCCCUGAUGUCAUUUCCAGCCUGCAGAAGAUGUAAUUUAAAACAUAUAUAUAUUGUGCUUGCAAGAAUCAUAAAUCUGUGCAUCCUAUGUCAUUCCUUUUCCCAUUGUUACAAUACAGAUAUGAUUUAGUUUUGUUUUUUUUUUUUUUUUCUUUAGAACUGUAUAGUGUUUUUUUAAAUCAAUUGUAAAUGUCUGGUUUUCAUAUAAUGUUUAAAAAACAUUGAGAAAGAGGAUGGUGCUUGUUCCAUAUCAUUCUUGAUUGUAUAUUGCUUCUGUUAUGUUUAUAAGUAAACUGUGCAUGACUUGUGUUUAGCAGUCAUUAUUGUGUCUGUUUGUGAAAUUUUUAUUAAAAAGAAAAAAAUUCCGUAGAUGCACUUAUUGUAUAUGUGAUUAGAUUUUGCGUCCGAGGCUAGAAGCCUCGAACUGCCAAGGAAGAAAAAAAAAAAGUGUUGGCAGUUAUUAAUUAAUAUGAAAUCGCUUUGUUGGGAGCAUAAUGAAAUAAAAGAUAUGAAGUGUAGAAAAUAAUUAAAAAAAGCGAUUUUACAAAUUUCAUUUUGAUGCUUGUGAUAAAAGACAAAUGUACUUGUGUAGAGAAAUUCCUUUAAAAUAAUGACUAGAAAAAGCUGAUUUUGAGGUUAAUGCUGUAGAAUAGGAAUGUAUACCAAAUGUAAUCUUUCAAUGCUACAAUGAAUUUAUACAUGAGAUUGAUAUGCAAUAAACCUGUGUGCUUUUAUAA